UGGAGAUAAGAGGUUCCCAUCAGGCAUCGGAGUAUAAAUAGCAGCAGGCGUCCAGUGUGCGAAGCAGAGGGACAGACAGGUGAACAGAUGGCGACGCGGCUGCUGCUGGUUCUGAUUGGCGUCUGGCUGGACUCGGCCUCCGCUGCCAAGCUGGGUGUGGUGCAGACGGAGGGGGGUCGGGUGGAGGGGAAGAGUCACAGGAUGGGACUCUUCAGGACCGUCGAAGUCUUUCAAGGAAUCCCCUUCGCUGACGUCCCCGGAAAGUGGGAGAAACCAAAGCCUCAUCCUGGAUGGAGCGGAAUCCUGAAGGCCACGAAGUAUCGUGAUCGCUGCCUGCAGGUGACGCUGCUGCAGACAAAAACCCAGGGCAGCGAGGACUGUCUCUACCUGAACAUCUUCGUUCCACAGGGUCGAUCACUGUCGAGCAACCUCCCGGUGAUGGUGUACCUGUUCGGCGGUGCAUUCCUGAUGGGGGCGUCCAACGACGUGGCGAUCCUCGGAGACUCUCUGUACGAUGGGAAAGAGAUGGCCGACAGGGGUGGGGUCAUCAUCGUCACGGUGAACUACAGAGUUGGUACGAUGGGUUUCCUCAGCACCGGAGACGCCCGACUGCCAGGUAACUACGGUCUGUGGGAUCAGCACGCUGCCAUCUCCUGGGUCCACAGGAACAUCGAGGCGUUCGGAGGGAACCCUGACAACAUCACCAUCUUCGGCCAAUCGUCCGGAGCCGCCGGCGUCAGCUUCCAGAUGUUGUCUCCCUACAGUAAAGGGUUAUUCCGCAGAGCGAUCACGCAGUGUGGUGUGGCCCUCAGCCCCUGGGCUCUACAGAAGAACCCCAUGGCUCUCACCAAGAAGGUUGCGCGUAAGGUCGGCUGUUGGAGACGUGAUGAGGAAGAGAUGUUAACGUGUCUCAAGAUGAGCGACCCGGUCGGCCUCACCAUGGCUGGAAAAAUCGACGUGCUGCUUAUUCUUGGAAAAGGUGUGGUCAUGGAUCUCCUUGAAUUCUCUCCGGUGGUUGAUGGCGAUUUUAUCCCCGAUGAGCCCAGUAAGCUGUUCCACAAUGCUGCUCAGUUUGAUUACAUGGCCGGCGUCAACAGCAUGGAUGGACACAUUUUUGCCGGAAUUGACGUUCCCUCAAUCAACAACAGUACAGCCAACACCUCUGUGAAGGACGUGAAGGGUCUGCUGGCCGGUCUGACUAAAGAGAAGGGGGACGCUGCCAUCGAAUCGGCCUACAACCUUUACUCGUCUCACUGGGGGUCGGUUCCGGAGCCGGCGAUGAUGAAGAAGACGGUGGCCGACAUGGAGACUGACUUCCUCUUCCUGGUCCCAACUCAGAUCGCACUUCAACUCCAUGCCAACAACUCCAGGGGAGCCCAUACCUACUCCUACCUGUUCAACAUGAAGACUCGUAUCCCAGGAUUCCCACGCUGGGUGGAGGCGGAGCACGCCGAGGACCUGCAGUACCUGUUCGGUAAACCCUUCUCCACCCCGCUGGUCUACUUUCCCCGGCACCGAGACCUGUCUAAGUACAUGAUCGCAUACUGGACCAACUUUGCCAGGACCGGUGAUCCCAGUACAGGUGACAAUAAAGUCCCAGUUCCCUGGCCCGCCUUCACCAAACACCACCGACCCUACCUGACCAUCAACCACAAGAUCAGGAAGUCCUCCGUCAGCUACGACCUGAGAUCAGACUACGUCUCCUACUGGACCGAAAUCUACAGCAGCCUGCUGUCAAUGAAGAGAGAAGAAGAAGCCGAGACAGAAAACUGAUCCGACCGUCAGGGUCCGACUGACUCAGUCUGACACUGCUGCUGUUUGUUUGGAUCACCGUUAAUUACAAACCAUUGGAAUUAUUAAUAAAUGUAUGAAGGAUUAUUACCAAUAGAAAGCUAAUGAGGAUUACAAUCAAUAAAC